ACCGUCUGUGCUACUUCCGCGACCUUUGCUCUGGUUGGUAGAGUUGUUUGGUCAGAAUUAGAUAAAGCUGCUAUCAUAUUCUAACACACACACAUAUAUACGGAUAGCAGCGACUUGAAGACAGUUCUAGAGCCGUAUUAACCACAGAGAGCCUGUAGAAUGUUAAAUCAUGGGUUUGUACGUGCAUAAAAGACGCAUUUAACAGAUGCACCACGAAACCAAAUAGACGAAGAGGAGUCAAAGGAGCCAGUGCAAAAAAGUUAAAAAGAAAUUACAGGGAAUGGGAGGUGCGGAGAAAGCUCUAGCUAUGCGCCAAAACGCUAAAAUAGUCAUUAUAGGAUGCGGGAUAUCAGGUAUAGCAGCGGCACAAAGACUGUUUAACGCUGGAUUUCACAAUGUGCGCAUAAUUGAAGCAACUGCAAGAAGUGGAGGAAGGAUAAAAACUGGAAGUCUGGGUGAUAAGAUCAUUGAGAUAGGUGCAAACUGGAUCCAUGGUCCGUCCGAGGAGAACCCAGUGUUUUGCCUGGCACGUCAGUAUGGUCUCCUAGAGCCAGAGGCCCUCACACCAGAGAACCAGGCCAUGGACAUUGAAGGACACCCUCCUUGGGUUCCCAACUUCUUCACUAGUUCAGGUCGGAAGCUGAAUGCUGAGGACAUGUAUCCUGCUCAGCAGAUAUUUAUGGAGCUACUUGAUGAAAGUUCAGAAGUUCACAGUCAAGGAGGAGAACCUUUCCCUAGCGUUGGAGACUUCAUACGGUCAAAGGCAGCAGAGAAAUGCCAAGAUACUGAUGCAGCCACCAGAUCUCUGCAACUGUGUGUAAUUAGUAACAUGUUAAAGGUGGAGUGCUGUGUGAAUGGGACCCACUCGAUGGAUAAAGUGGGCCUGGGGGCUUUUGGUUUAUACAAGACUCUUCCUGGACUCGACUGUACAUUCCCAAAAGGUUAUGAGGGUUUGAUCAAGAACUUGAUGUCGGAACUUCCCUCUGGUUUAGUGACCUACAACCGACCAGUGCGCUGUGUCCACUGGAACAAUGAGGAGAAACAAACCCCUGUGAUAGUUGAAUGUGACAAUGGAGAGAGGACUGCUGCUGAUCAUGUGAUAGUCACUGUAUCUUUAGGAUACCUAAAGAAGCACCAUUCAACCUUGUUUCAUCCUCGUCUCCCUCUGCACAAGCUACACUCUGUCCAGAGAUUAGGUUUUGGAACAAACAAUAAAAUAUUUGUUGAGUUUGAUUCACCGUGGUGGGAUGCAGACUGUGAGGUCAUCUAUUUCCUAUGGGAGGAUGAGGUUGACAUGGUGGACCAGAUACCAGAUGUACAGAGAUCCUGGAUAAAGAAGUUGUUCGGCUUCACUGUGUUGAAACCCACUGAAAGGUAUGGCCAUGUUUUGUGUGGCUGGAUUGCUGGGCAUGAGUCAGAGUAUAUGGAGACACUUUCUGAACAAGAGGUCACACAUGCCGUAACAAAACUUGUACGACAGUUCACAGGGAACCCCAUCAUCACACCAACGAGAGUCCUGCGCUCUCAGUGGUUUCAUGACCCCUGGACAUGUGGCUCUUAUAGCUACCCUGGCAAAGGCUGUUCAGCACAGGACCUGGAUAAUCUGAGGGAGCCAAUGCCUACAAAGGGAUCACAACCACUGCAGGUGUUGUUUGCUGGAGAGGCAACUCAUCCCUGUUUCUAUUCCACCGUCCAUGGAGCUGUUCUCUCUGGAUGGAGGGAAGCAGACAGACUUAUCUCUCACUACUCCUCCAUCAGUCCAUCCAAGCACACCAACUCAAAGCUUUAAGAGAGAAAAUUGGCUUUGAUUAAAGACAUUAAUCAGCUUCAGUUAAAGUUAAUGACUUCGGUAACUUUUGGUUAACUUUUGAGAUAAAUUAAACCUUUAGACAGGUAUCACACUGUUGAUUGGAAAGAUAUUUUUCUAACCUGCAGGUAAUUUGAGGCAGUCAUUAAAAAACUAAUUGUCAAGUUGAUUCUACUAAAGAAAAUGAUUAAAUGAACUUUUAAACUAUCCUUAAAUUUGCACUUGCAAGGUGAAUUGUAACUGCUGCAAUAUUUUACAUGGUCUGAUCACAUCUAUAAUGUUCCUGAUUUUUUUUUUUUUUUUCCCAAAUUAUUUUUGCCGGCUUUUUUGUGUCUUUGUUUUUGUAUCUAAUGACUGUAAUAAGUAUCAAAUGAUGGUAAUAUAUUAAAACUGUUUUUAAAAAAUAU